AUGUGUUCCAUCCGUACGGUAGAUAGUAGAUGGAAUGAAUUAAUCGAUCGGGCUAUUCGUGAAGAAGCCGAAAACCGGCUUAAAAAGCUGUGUAUUGAAUAUGAUUCUACCAAAUUAUCAACGAGGGGGUUAAAUAUAGAGUAUGACGCUUCACGAACAUCCUUCAUUAUCGACAUAGAUGAUGAUAGGUUCACACAAUUUAUUGGUAAUAUUCUCACAGAUAACGACCCUAGGAGAGAAUAUGCAAAGGUCACCUUACACUACGAAAAUGGGACCUCCAUUGCUGAAUUUAAUUUUGGUACUUUAGAAUAUCGUAGGGUGAGGUUAAAUGGAAAAUACGAGAUCGAACAUAAUAUGAUUCAAAGAAAUCAAGAGAUUGGUCAUAUCGCUCUCGAAAACUUGCGCGAUCCUGGACCUCUUGAAUGGGUCCGAAUCUCUUCAUGA